AUGGCCCAAGGAUAUCUAUACCCUAGACUCGAUAAUAUCUUGGAUGGGAACAAUGAUGAAACGGAUGACAACGAAAAUAUGGAUAGAGAAAUCGUAGACCCUUCCUUUGGUGCAGAAGGUACUGACGAAGUCGUAACGCGAGGUGUACCUUUCAACACAAUCGUUCCGGAUAAUAUACGACCAGCAGCCAUGAGAGAUAUGGAGCAAGUUCGAAGUCAUAACUGUGCUUUUAUGAUUGAACCAUUUAAAUUUGAUCCAACAUAUCCUGAGGGUGCACCUGUUCCUCUUCGAAACAACUUUCAAUGUGGUAAACGCGGAGAAAUAGAUCAUGUGCACAUGCCAUGUUCACGAUACAAUCUUACUAGAAAGAAAGAAUUGGUAUGGCAUAUCAUUCACAAAGCAUUGAUGAACUUAAAACAGAUGUGCGAUACUCAUACGGCGACUAUAGAGGAACUGAAAGAAACUAUUCGAAAUUGUACUCGACAAGAACAUGAAUUUAGCACAUUGGAAAAACUAAUCAACGAUAUUUAUUCGAAUGAACAGCGAGCAUAUUUUAUGUCGACGAUCCUGCCGAAUAUGUGUAAUCUUGCUUUGAAUGUUGAUAAAAUAUGUCCUCAACCACCUCCAUUGUUGCGUGUCGGAUCGAAUGCUUCUGUUACGUUAUCACAACAACAAGCGGCUGCAUUAUUGGCUUGUGGAUUCUUUUGCCUAUUCCCGAAUCGAUCCUACGGUGAUGGAAAGUAUAAAUUUAAGAGAUUUCCAAAUCCAAAUUUUGAUCGAUUGUAUAGAUCCGGUCAUCCGAAGAAAGUAGAGAAAUUAAAAUGUAUUCUCCACUAUUUUCAACGAAUUACCGAGAAAAAGCCCAAUGGUGUGAUUACUAUUCAGCGGUCUGCCUUGCCGUUAAAUAGAAUUCCGGUAUGGGAAAGACAGACAACAAAUUUAUGUGAUUUACAUCUAACAACAGGCUUAAGAAUUGAAGACAUGCAGAGCACUUUACAAGUUGAUUUUGCUAACGCAUAUAUCGGUGGUGGGGUACUAAGAGGUGGUUGUGUUCAAGAAGAGAUUCGCUUUGCUAUUUGUCCCGAGAUGCUUGUCAGCUUACUCCUUUGUGAGAAAAUGGAGAAGAACGAAUGUGUUUAUCUGAUCGGAUGCGAACGAUACUCAUUAUACAAAGGGUAUUCGAACACAUUCGAAUUUGCUGGUGACUACCGAGACGAGACACCGAAAGAUAAUUGGGGUCGAAGAUCGUGUUACUUAGUUGCUAUGGACGCAAUAUACUUUAGUGACAAAGGUAAACAGUAUGACAUGGGAUGUGCUGAACGUGAACUACUCAAAGCUUAUGUCAGCUUCCGACAAGAGGGAUAUGAGUUACUUCGUCACGAUGCUAUUACAACUGGCAAUUGGGGUUGUGGUGCAUUCAAUGGUGAUCGAGAACUAAAAGCGAUUAUUCAAUGGAUGGCAGCAUCUGAAGCUCGAUGUUCGCUUAUCUAUGCGGCCUAUCGUGAUACAAGACUCAUUGAUUCAUUGGGCGUAGUUUAUGAUUAUUUGAGAGAUCAACAGGCAAACGUAGGAUACUUGUAUAAAUAUCUUCGAGAAUAUUUUACGCAAACUAAAUGCGGAACAUUAUUUGAUAGCAGACAUUUUAUUAUGGCUGAUGAUGCGACUCGUGAACGACGCAGAGAACGAAGGACGAGACCUCGUAAUGAUGCCACUAAUGCGGACACGAGUUCUCAUUUUCCCAAUGCUGAAGCAUUACAAACGGCGUCAUUCGAUCACAUUGUUAACAUGUGUCCCAAUCCUCCUGAGAUGAAGGACAUGGAACAUAUGACCAAUGCAAAAUGUAUAUUCAUGAUUUUACCAUUCAAAUAUGACUCAUCUCGAUCCAAUGAUAAACCAAAGCCAAAGCGUGAUGCGCGUGGCUAUCGUGAUAUAUGGGAUGCACAACAUGUGCGUAUGCCGUGUUCGCCUAAAAAUAGCAUUGAAAAAUAUGGAUCGAUCUGGAAUGGUAUCUGUGAACAGUUGCAUUAUCUUCAACGUCUCUGCAAGGAGGGCACCGCUAGUUUUAGAGAUUUGAAAAUAACGAUUGAAAAGUGUGCUGGACGUCAAUAUAACAUGGAUUGCUUGGAUAUACUCAUCAAUCGAGAAUAUCAACAUGUUGAACGACAGGAAUUUUUGUCAUUGGUUCUACCCAAUAUCUGCAAUCUUGCAUUGACUGUAGAUAAAGUUUUUGGCGAGCCACCUCCUCUAUUACGAAUCGGAGCGGAUAGUUCGUUGACAAUGUCACAAAGGCAAGCUGCAUCGCUACUGGCUUGUUCAUUCUUCUGUUUGUUCCCAUACCGUUCAGAUAAUGUUAAUGAACAAAUCGACGAAUAUAAAUAUUUUCAAAACCCAAAUUUCAAUAGGUUGUAUAACAAGGGAGCACAACACAAGAUCGAAAAACUCAAAUGUAUUCUGAAUUAUUUUCGACGUAUAACAAAUCAAAUGCCAAAUGGUGUAAUUAGUUUCCGACGAUGUAUAUUACCUAAGAUGUCUUGUCCAAACUGGUCUGCAUCUCAAGCGAAGCUCUCUCAAAUGCAUUUAACAAUGGACAAAAAGAUCGAAGAUAUCGAAGGUGUUUUACAUGUUGAUUUCGCGAAUGAAUAUAUUGGUGGAGGUGUUUUAAGAAGUGGAUGUGUUCAAGAAGAAAUUCUAUUCAGCAUUUGUCCUGAAAUGCUCGUUUCUUUGCUUGUUUGUGAAAAAAUGACUGAUGAUGAAUGUAUAUUCUUGAUUGGCUGCGAACGUUUUUCACAGUACAAAGGUUAUGGCGAUUCAUUUCAAUUUGCUGAAGACUACACUGAUAAUACGCCUAGAGAUAAUUGGGGUCGAAAAUGGAGUCACGUAGUUGCUAUGGAUGCAUUGUAUUUUGAUAAACCGGAAGUACAAUACGCAAUGCAGUAUAUUGAUCGUGAAUUAAUCAAAGCAUUCACAAGUUUUCGCACACGGAAAACAAGUAACAAACCAGAUAUUGUAUUUGGUAUUGCCACUGGAAACUGGGGCUGUGGUGUAUUCAAUGGUGACCGGCAACUAAAAGGUAAGGCAUCAUUCCAUCUCGAAUGGGACUUUUGUUUGAAGCAUAUUCUUCUUCCAGCAAUUAUUCAAUUAAUGGCAGCUUCACAAGCUCAACGUCCACUUAUCUAUGCCACAUUUCAUGAUACAAAUCUAGCGGAAUCUUUCUCAGAAGUCUACAAUUAUUUAGUACAUCAGCGAGCCACAGUCGCAGAUUUAUAUCGAUAUCUUGAAUGUUACUCGCAACGAAACAAGCAAGAAAAUUUGUUUGAGUUUAUUCUUCGUAAACCAAUCGAAUCUCUAAACUAA